GUCAUGAAACAAGUAUUGGGUGUGCUCCAAGACUCGACGAUUGCGUCGAAGAGCGGCAAGGACCAUCGCUCUCGUUUCUGGGGGGUGUACAAAAGAGUCGCGGAGGAGCAUGACAGCGAGUUCCUUGAGCCAUACACCAGCGAUAUGGACAUUGUCUUGGUCUUCGUA